AUGCCAGCGACGGAAUAUCAAGGGUCGUCAGCUGGGUUCAACAAUAUUGGCCGCUCGAUCUUCAGCCUCCGACGCGAUCAGUUUAAUUCAAUGGAAGCCCAUAGCCAUAUCGGUGGUCAAGGAGCUGUAGACCUCGACUCUUUCCAAACCCACGUCGCUGAUUGCUUCUCCCACCUCUCCUCUUCCUCCCAAGACAUCCUCUCCCUCCAAUGGCUCCGAGACCUCCUCGACGCCUUCCUCCAAAUCCAGCAAGAAUUCAAGAACCUCCUCCUCUCCUCCAUCAACAAGCCCCUCCUCUCCAAGCCCACCGUCGACCGCUUCCUCUCCGACUACUUCGAGCGCAGCGUCAAGGCCCUCGACGUCUGCAACGCCAUCCGCGACGGCAUCGAGCAGGUGCGGCAGUGGCUCAAGCUCCUAGAAAUCGUCCUUGUCGCCCUCGACCGCGACAGGACGCUCGGGGAGGGCCAAUUUCGUAGAGCUAAGAAGGCGCUCGUCGACCUUGCCAUCGCAAUGCUCGAUGACAAGGACUCCUCCAACACCACCCUGGCCCACAGGAACCGCUCCUUCGGCCGGAACAACCCGACAAAGGAUCACCAGCAUCACCAGCAGCACCGCUCGCUGGGCCACUUUCGAUCUCUUUCCUGGAGCGUUUCGCGGUCGUGGUCGGCCGCGAGGCAGCUCCAGGCGAUCGGAAAUAAUUUAUACGCCCCGAGGCCGAACGAGAUUGUGGCCUCCAACGGGCUCGCGCCCGCCGUUUUUACGGUGAAUACGAUUUUGCUCUUCGUAAUGUGGGCCCUGGUGGCGGCGAUCCCUUGCCAGGACAGGGGCUUGCAGGUGCAUUUCACGGUGCCGAGGAGCUUCGCCUGGGCGGGGCCCAUGCUGUCGCUGCACGAGCGGAUUCUGGAGGAGUCGAAGCGGCGGGACCGGAGGAACGCCUGCGCGCUGCUGAAGGAGAUUCAUCAGAUCGAAAGGUGCUCACGGCUGAUCGGCGAUCUCGCAGACUCGGUGCAGUUCCCGAUCGCGGAGGAGAAGGAGAGGGAGGUGCGACAGAGAGUGCAGGAAUUGUCGAGCCUGUGUGAGGGGAUUAAGGAGGGUUUGGAUCCUCUGGAACGGCAGGUCAGGGAGGUGUUCCAUGGAAUCGUGAAAAGCCGAACCGAGGGCAUGGAUUCUUUUGGAAGACCGAAUGAAUGA